AUGGGGGAAACCACAUGGCCAACCUUAUUCGCAAUGUCGCUGUGGUGGGGAUGGAAAUGGCGUUGUAUUAAUGUCUUUAAUGGCCAGGGGAAGUGUCGAGACAGGGUGCAGUUUGUGAAAGAUCAAGCGAAAGAGGUGACGUUAGCGCACAUGAAGAACAACAGGCCUGCAGGAUAUCGAUUGGAGAGGGUUGAGAGGCAGAUUUCAUGGAUGCGUCCAAUAUCUGGAUGGGUGAAGCUGAACACAGACGGAACGUCACGAGGAAACCCGGGUUUGGCAAGUGCAGGAGGAGUUCUCAGAGAUGACAGUGGGUCCUGGGUCCGUGGAUUCGCUCUUAACAUUGGAGCGUGCACAGCUCCACUAGCCGAGCUCUGGGGAGUUUACUACGGGCUCCUCAUUGCGUGGGAAGGUAGAGCUCAACGCGUUGAGCUUGAGGUGGAUUCGGAGAUGGUGGUAGGUUUUCUUCAGACAGGGAUUAGCGAGUCGAAUCCGUUGUCAUUCCUGGUGCGAUUGUGUCAUGGCUUCAUAUCAAGGGACUGGAUAGUCCGUAUCUCUCAUGUGUAUAGGGAGGCUAACCGCCUGGCGGAUGAGUUAGCUAACUAUACAUUCUCUUUACCAUUGGGUUUUCAUUCUUUUAGCUGUGUUCCGGAGAGUGUUCACCCGGUUUUUGUUGACGAUUUGGCUGGGGUUUCUUUCCCACGUCAAGUUCGAUUGUAG